AUGAUUGGGAAAUAUCUCUCACGGUCCGCUCGUGACGAGUCCCUGCAAGCCCCGCGUCGGAGGCCCGGCGUUGUUCAGCUUGGUAUCUGUGGUACCCUGCUGUCAGGUUAUGUCUUGAAGGACUCCCCCUUGAACGAGCUUCGCAGUUCACCCUGCCCGUCGCUACUUUUUGGUAAUCUUGCGGAGAUGUACCACCAAGAAGACAACGGUCUCCUUGCUGACUGGAAGGCUCGCAUGGGUGCCGGCGAACUCGGAGUACUGAUAGCAGAAGGGGAGACUCACAAAAGGCAGGCUCCGGUAUUCACGGCUGCGCACAUUAAAACUCUGAAUCCAGUGUUCUGGGAUAAAGCCAAUCAGGCCGUCCAAGAGCAUGGUUCUAAACCCAUUGAUGUUAUUGUUUGGUUGUCGAAAGCAACUUUGGACGUCAUUGGACUUGCUAGGUUUGGGUACCAGUUCAACGCCCUGGCGAGGGAAACCGACGAAUUGGCUAAUGCCUACCGUCCAAUCUUCACUACUGCGCGGCAGUUAGCGCUCAGAAGCAUAUUCGAGACUUGGGUACCCCUGCUAAGACAUUUGCGGCGUCAUAGUACAACGAUGGCACAAGCGCAUGCGCAUCUCAAUUGCAUCGGGCUCCAGCUUAUCGAGGAUCGCCUUCCAAGCACGGAAACCACGUCCUCUACACUGUCAUGGUGUCUGUACGCUUCGGCCAAAUUUCCAGACAGUCGGAGAACGCUUCGCAAGGCUCUUCGAACAAUUCCUAUCAAUUCACCGACUCUAGACGAUGGUGUCGGAAAGCUAGAGUAUCUCGAUUGGGUUGUUCGUGAGACGCCUAGAUUGCACGCGCCAGUCACCUGGGCAAUGAGAGUCGCGACUAAGGAUGCCGAAAUAUCAGUGGCGGAACCCUUUCUAGACAAGAGUGGGCAGUACAGGAAUUCUAUCAAGAUCAGAAAGCAUGACAUUUUCACCAUACCCAUUCAGGCCAUUAACAAGAAGGACAUAUCGGGGGAAGGUAUUUGCUCCUUCAGACCUGAACGAUGGCGGAACCCUCCUGAGCAAAGCCAUGGAUGCAUCGGCUUCAGGUUCGCCCUUGCAGAGAUCAAGGCAUUUCUGUUCUCGCUAGUUUGCGAGCUGGAGUUUUCUAUAGACCCCCCAACAGUCGGUGAGAAGACCUUCAAGUAA